UCAGCCAGUCACUGGCAAGCUUUUCUGCUCCCGCCUCCUCCUGGGCUCUGGGAGCUGAAGAUCCCCUUGAUGUGUUGAUGAGCUGCAGGAAUUAAUAGCGCAGGUUGCCCACAUGGACCAAUGGGAAGGAGAUCCUGCUGAAGAUUCAGAUGCCAAACAGUUGGUCGCUGGUGGCAUGGAGGAAUCUGCUAAACCAAACGAUGUUACUGUGUGCUUCUCUGUGGAAGAACUGGAUUCCCUGGAAGACGGACAAAGGGACCAUAAUAAAAACCUCAAGACAAAAGUCCAUCAUAGUCCGAAUUUAGUGGGUUAUCUUUAUGUGAAGCCGGAGAUUGUACCCAGAAUCCGACGAGGGGAAGGACUAUGUGUGAGCAGUGAUCUGUACACGGAGAAGAGGAGGAACCGUGCUUAUUUAACUGCAGGGGAGUCUGCCAGCAGGAGUGAAGAGGGACGUCGCUCGCCGGCUGUCAGAAGUGCGCAAAGUUAUCAUUCGGGAGGUCACAGAACUCCAAAAAGUCUCUUUAGGAACCUGGAACAGCAAACAGGUCCUGCUGAAGAUGAGAAGCCAAGUGAAAGUGGGGCUUUAAUCGCGUCCACUGCAGAACUUGACAAGCCACAGGGUGUAACCCAACAAAGGAACAGACGGGCGAGAAGAUUCCGGUGUGGGGAAUGCGGGGAUUUCUUCAGAGAGCACUCUCACUUUAUUCAGCACCAAGAGACACACACCAGGCAGGAAAGCACCUUCACAGAACAUGGAGAAAGCUUACUUUCUAGUAGAGUCCAAACAGCAGGUGACUCCAGUUCUUAUCCCGAAUGUAGUGUGGACAGUAGAGAUGGCCCCAAGCCAACCACUCACAGGAGGAACCCUACAGAAGCCAAGUCCUACACAUGUAAAGUCUGCGGGAAGAAUUUCACUCAGAACGCCAGCCUUAUUGUACACCAGCGCACACACACCGGAGAAAGGCCACAUAACUGCAAAGUGUGCGGCAAGAGUUUUAUAAGCGGCUCCUAUCUGGUCAUGCACCAGCGGGUCCACACAGGAGAGAGGCCUUACGCCUGCAGUGAAUGUGGCAAGAGGUUCAUUAGUAGCUCAAACCUUAUUAUACACCAGCGGGUUCAUACAGGAGAGAAGCCAUACCUGUGCACAGAAUGCGGCAAAUGCUUCGGCCAUAGCUCCCACCUGGUCAGACACCAGAAGGUCCAUACGGGAGAGAGACCUUUUACUUGCGCAGAAUGCGGCAAGGCCUUCUCUAGAAGCUCACAUUUGGUCAGGCACCAGAUCAUCCACAUGAGAAAUCCAGCCAAUCAGGCCAUGUGAUAUCGGACAGGACUUGUUUAUGGGGACGGACAAUAAAUAUCAAGUUGAUGUAUGUUUAUAUGUAAAUAUAUAUUGGUUCAAA